AUGUAUCGGAAGUUGUCUAAGUUAGAACACUCGGAAAUAAAACAACUUCUUACAGAAGCUAAUAUAGAUGUUGCAAAGCAUUACACAACAAACAAAAAGGCACUCGCUGACAUCCUCAAUGACUAUAAUGGUGAAAUAACUUAUGAUAGAAUUCAUGAGUUCAUAAAGCCGCAACGCGGCGAGGACGAAGUCCAUGCAAGAGCAUUUCCUUUAAAUGACGUUGCUAUUGACUUAUAUCAUAGACGUUCAAUACCUCAUGAAGUAAGAAGAGAAAUGUUUGACAUAACAAAUGCAAACGUUGGUCAUACUCGUAAAGCUCUUUCACAUGACGUUCGUCAAGAGAUGUUUGACAUAACAAAUGCAAACGUUGGUGAAACAAGAAGAGCUGUACCACAUGAAGUAAGAAGAGAAAUGUUUGACAUAACAAAUGCAAACGUUGGUGAAACACGAAAGAGAGAUGACACACUGAAACAACAGAGAAGAGAGAUGUUUAAAAGUGCUAUAGAACAAGUUCGCAAAGCUAAUAAUGUCAUUCGUUCCAUUGACGACAAACCAAAAGAAGGUGAGAGAUGGUUAAAGAAAGAUGAAGAAAAUAGGAAGAGGAAUGUGAAGUCAGGCAAUAGACUCAUUGACUUUAACAUCGAAGCUUUAGAUGAACCAAACAGAGACUACUUACACAAACAUUUCGGUAAGGUUUUCAUGAGACUCUUAGAGAAAAUUAAAAUAAACUCCCAACAGAGAUGGAUGGUAUGUUAUAAACUUGGUGGAAA